AUGAAUCCUAUGGAGUUGAUUAAAAUUGGAAAGGUGGAGAAUGUUAGGAUGCUAGAUAGGUACAGUAAUAAACACUCGGUAGGAACUUUGUAUUUGACAGCAACACAUUUAAUUUUCACAUACCCGAAUGAAAAGAAACAGAUUUGGGUGUUGAAUACGCAUAUCGCUAGUAUUGAAAAACAGCCACUGACUACUGCUGGAUCUCCGCUGCAUAUUAAGUGCAAACAUUUUUUGACAAUGACCUUUAUUAUUACUAAGGAACGAGACUGCCAUGAUAUUUAUUUAACGUUAAUGAGACUAUCUUCUCCAGCUCGAAUAGAUGAUGUCUAUUGUUUCCAUUCGCGAAUAAGUAAAAACUUGACACCCAAGUUCGACGGCUGGAGUUUAUUUGACAUUCAGAAUGAGUUCCAACGACAAGGACUUCCUAACUCUGAAUGGACACUCACUUACUUGAAUACUAGCUAUGAACUUUGUGAUACUUAUCCUAGAUAUCUUUAUGUUCCCUCUACUUGUACAAAUAAUGUUCUUGUUGGAAGCGCCAAGUUUCGAAGCAAAGGACGUCUACCUGUCCUCACUUAUCUUCACUCUAAUAAGGCUGCAAUUUGUCGGUGUAGUCAACCGUUGUCGGGAUUCAACGCACGAUGUCCUGAGGAUGAACAAAUGCUGUAUCAUAUUCUUUGUACGAAUCCUAAUGCUAAGUUUAUGUAUGUCGUUGAUACCCGGCCCAGAAUAAAUGCAAUGGCCAAUAGAGCAGCAGGAAAAGGAUAUGAAAAUGAAAACUUUUAUGACAAUAUAAAAUUCCGUUUUUUUGGAAUUGAAAAUAUUCAUGUUAUGAGAGCGAGUUUAAGUAAACUUAUUGAUUUACAAAAAACUACAUCGAUGAGCGCAUUUCUAAAUGGUUUAGAAAGCAGUGGUUGGUUGAAACACAUAAGAUCAAUUUUGGAGACCAGUUGGUUUAUCGCCAAAGCAAUAAUAAACGGAACAAACGUUGUUGUUCACUGUAGUGAUGGCUGGGAUCGUACUGCUCAAGUUUGUUCAGUAGCAGCCUUGCUUUUAGAUCCGUUUUACAGAACAAUUCAAGGAUUUCAAGCUUUAAUAGAAAAAGACUGGCUAGCAUUUGGACACAAAUUCAGUGAUCGAUGCGGCCAUAUUACAUCUGAUCCCAAAGAAUUAGCUCCAAUUUUUACUCAAUUUAUUGACGUGACAUACCAAUUAAUGCACCAAUUUCCUUAUAUGUUUCAAUUUAACGAAUACUUUUUACUAGUUCUCCAUGAUCAUGUACACAGCUGUCAGCAUGGUACAUUUAUUGGUAAUAACGAAAAAGAGAGACAGUUGUUACGAUUGUCAGAAAGAACGAAAUCAUUGUGGGAAGAUAUAGCGGCUGAAAUAAACGAGUAUAUAAAUCCUCUGUACGCGUGUAAUAAUUACAAAGAUGAAUGCAAUAAAGUAUUAGAACCAAAGCUAUCACCGCAAAAUAUUGAACUGUGGAAAGGUUUGUAUUUUCGAUUUGAAAAUGGAAUUCAUCCCCGAGAGACUGGACAAGAUUAUGUGCUUGCCCUUCACAAUCACACGACUUCCCUAGAGGAUCAUGUUAAAUUACUAAUUAAAAGAGUCAAUAAUUUAAGUCAAUUGCCCAAGAGUCAACAAAACAAUCAACCAAAUUACAAUUACGACGAUGAGUUCAGUAAAGACCUGGACUCGGAAAAAAUAAUUGACAAAGAUGAAAAUGACAUCGGGGGUGCUAAUAAUGAUGCUUUAGUAAAUCAAAUAGAGAGUGAGCUCAAAAGUGUUGCGCUUGACUGGAAAACUAGUAGUAAAGUUGAGGAAUGCUCUUGCUGCUCAACUUUUGACGCUUUUAAUAAAAAGAAUCAUUGUUGGUCUUGCGGAGACGUAUUUUGCAUACGAUGCAUCGAAGAAGAGCCCAAAUUACUAUCAGGUCAUUUAUCUCAACGCCCAGUACCCACGUGUAAAUCUUGCUCACGAAGAUCUCCGAUAACACCUUCCUGA